AUGGCUUCGACAUUGGCAGCACAACCAUCAUUUCCGGCCACAGCUUCACCACGACAAAGGCCAUUCUUACUUUCCGAUCUCAUCUGCCAAAAGCAUCCGUCUACUGCAGCAGCUACCAUGGACACAAUGUAUGGCGUUAUUGAGAGAGGUAACAAGAUCGAUCUUCGUAGUGUCCACAAAAACAUGUGGAAGUUCUACAUCGAAGACGUUAACGAAGUUGUUGGUUUUGUUCGAGAUGAUAUCCAGAAACAGAUGAACUGGGGGCCCAGAUUUUUUCACAUACAGGACAAAGACGCUGGCGGCGAAUACGAUAUGCGGGAGAUUACUCUUAUGACCAGUAUUCCCCGUUUCGAAGGGGGCAAAUAUCCUGCUGCAGAAGCUUGCCAAAACGCUUUCAUGCAGCUCUUCUCAGACAACCGCACGCGAUUUCCCUGCAUGGACCGGUGGCUCAGUAAGGAUGAUUCGGUACGGGAAUUUGCUCCGAUACACCUAUCAGAUCCCGGAAGGGGUUUCUCGAUUCCUUUACCGGUGCGGGGACUCUUGGGGGUUGUCACAGUGGGUGUUCACCUCAACGUCUACAGAGUCAAGCAAGAAGGUGGCAAGGAAGUCAUCGAUUGUAUCUGGGUCUCGCAUCGUGCCACGGGCCCUGAUUUCAGCUACCCUGGCAUGUUGGAUCAAAUUGUUGCUGGCGGCGUGGAUUGCAGAGAUGAAAUCGGCGGGCGUCUGGCACCUUGCAAAACACUGAUACGUGAAGCUAGGGAGGAGGCAGGUUUUACCAUCAACCUGGAGAAUCGACAAGUAUUCUGCAGCGACGACGUCGGGAAUACCACCCUUCUCGGAAUCGUGGAGAGGGUUUCCGAGGUUACCUUCUACGACUGCAAGGACAGCAGCGCAGGGGAUCUUAACAAGAAUCACCUGGAGCCUGGCCUACGAAUCGUCUACGACCUCAAGAUUAUUGAACCAAGUUUUGAUCCACAAGGAAAGGAGCCCGGUAUUGAGAGGUUUGAGGCCAUGGAUGUGCCUCAAGUGAUAGAAAGUCUGAAGGCUGAUCGGUGGAAGCCAAAUUGCGGAUUGGUGAUGCUAGACUUUAUGGUGCGCCAUGGACUCAUCACCAAAGCCAACGACAGCCGUUUCAACGACAUCAAGAGAGACUUGCAUCGACUACUUCCAUUCCAAUUUAUAACGGAGUACAAGAACAUUAUCAAAGGUUGGUAG